AUGGGGAGGGGCAAAGCUGGAUGGCAGCAGCAGGGAAGCCAAUGGCGAAGCCAACACUGGGCUGGCGACAAUGGAUCCUAUGGCUGGCGACAGCAGCCGCAAUCUUCUGCGCCGGAGCGAGACCGAGAUCGGGCGUACUCGCGCAGAUCCAAGGACGAGGAGCCCUCUUUCCCAUCGUAUGCCAUGAUGGCGGCGGAGGACGACAGUGCGAAGCCGGGUCCCGCCCGGCCGGAGGAGUCGCGUGGAAGCCAAAGGGUCGAGCUGGCCAAGGGCUACCAGAAGCUGGUGACAGUGGUCCGCAGAGCCGAAGUGAAGCUUCGCAAGGCGACCGAGGAGCGCGAGGCAACCCAGGCAAGGUGGCACAAGUUCCAGGACAAGCUCCAGCAGGCCUUCAUCAAGGAGCGUGGCCAGUUCAAGAAGGACAUGUCCCGCCUCGACGACGAGAUCGAGCAGCAGCAAGCACUGCAGGGAGAAGCGCUGCAGGAGCUGCAGACGGCGAUAGCCAACCCCGGGAUGCUGACCAAGGAGGUGCCGAGCAAGGCAGUGAUCCCGGAGGACGCCCUGGAGGAUUGGCAGAGCCUCAUGGACAAGUGCGACGGCGAGGAGGACGAAGAGAUGGCGGAGGACAUGGCGCGGCGCCUAGGCCGCCAGCUGCAGGAACUCCUUGGACGGCACCUGUCUACCCCGCCAAGGAGAAUGACUACCAGUGCACCGCGAACUCCGCCAUGCCCGACGACGAGAACGACUCGGGGAGACAUGAAGUCCCUGGACCGGUUCAUGGACAAAGCCCUCGCGGUCGCCAAGCACCAGCAGGAGGCGGCAUACCUUGGUGCCACCGGCGCUCCAGUGACUCAGGACCCCUAUGUCACCUCACCGGGCACCAGCAACGGGGCAGCGAUCAUGGAGGAGUCCACCCGGCGAGCGAGAGGAUCUACACCGCGCACCGGGAUCAAGAUGAAGAGCCGAGCCCCGAUGCCCAGCCCCAAACCGGGUACCAACCUUGCGGACAAGCUCGAUCAGGCGAGAGCCAAGGCCUCGGCUGCGGACGGCGCGCAGCAGAUCACCGACGACGAGGACAUGUCAGAGUCCGAGAUCUUGACCGAGCUCGCGGCGCGCACCCCAAAGGGCGAGGCCUGGGCGUUUGAAGGGACCAGCCUGGUCUCGCCAUCUAUGACGCCCGGGCGACGAGGAGCAGUGGAAGCUGAUGAGGAAAGGCCCGGCGGGGAACCUCAUCUUAGAAGGAAAGAGCCCAAGAUCUAUGACUUCAUGGACUGGUGGGCUGAAUUGAAUGGUCUCUACAGUGGUGCUGUGGAGACGCGGGCCCAGGCAUGGGCUCACACAUGCCGAGGUGUCGGAGCCUCACUCCUGGCAAUUGGCUUUGUGGCCCUGGUGCAGACACUCAUGGGACAGAUGCUGCCUCGAGGACGGGCUCGAAGGCUGACGAAGUUCGGGGGAGCGCCGAGGUGCAUAUGCAAAGCCUUCAUGCUCUACAUGGUCGCGGGACAUGUUGGUGCAGUCAAGGCCCCCCCGCUGACGACUACCAGUAGGGGGAUCCCGCUACCGAGUGACCUGGAGACGUGGAUGGCUGGGCAACAGACCCUCCGCGAGCAGAUGGAGGCCGCAAUAGCCCGAUGGGCCAUGGACCGGCCUCUUGAACACAACGCGGGUGUGACCGCUACGCCAGCCUUCCAGGCCAGACCUCCGGGAGCCCAUGCCGAAGUAAUGCAGCCCACCAUGGACGAGCACACUAUACACGCAACUUUCUGGUUUGGAGCUGCUUUCUAUGAAACCGAGAUCAUCGACGUGGAAAUGCCAUUCCCACUGGCAGUCGGGCAGAUCAAGGAAGCCUUAAAGGGCGCGGCGGCGGUGGUCCCGGACCAGUUCGACGACAUCUACCCGACCACCCCGCAACUUGACGGUUUCUACGGCAGCUUCAUCGCGCAGCCUUCUUGGCUGCGCAAUACGGAUCGGUCCGCGCUGGUGAUGGAUACCAGACCGAUAGGUGGGACUGUCUUUGUGUGCUACCUGGAGGGACGCAUCAACCGUGCCGGAGUGAUGAAGCAAAUCCCUCAAUUCCUUGACCAGGAGGUUGACAUCUAUACCUUUGGUGGCGACACCCCCCUACGACAAGGGAACAGCCGCCAGCCUGUCAUUGGAGGGGUCAUCAGGGUGGUCCCUAGAGGACAUCCGUGCCAAUGGUCGGAUAACAUCGAGCAGCGACUUCUGCACCGCCACCGCUGGAACCAGCACAUGGACCCCCCGACCUGCCUCGAGGAGCUGCAUACAGUGUACCAGUCUGCAGACGACCAGGUCAUCGAAGAGAUCGACGCCGAUGACAUCGAGCCCCUGGAAAUCGCUGCUGAAAAUGCUCUUGAGUGGGAGCACGGUGAGACACUGGUCUACCUCCCGGACAACAGGGUGGAGAGGUUGGCUCACGGCGGCAGGCGAAUCUUUGAGCAGGUUGCUGUCAUGCCGGCAACAGCCAUAGAAGGCGAGGAGCCAUGUAUCGUCUUCGUGGACCUACGACCGCUCACCUACUUCCCUCAGUGGUUCCAGGCAGGAUCGGGGAUCUUCGACCCCAAGUCCUACAUUCAAGAUCUUCAGAUACCUGGUACAGAUGAGUGGAUUUUGGCGAUACAGGGUGGAGCCCCCCACCGGCGAGAUCUACUACGAGUGCGGCACCAAGAGACGCUUACAAUGUGGUUCCAAGAGUCCACUACUACAUCGGAGGCAUCUGGCCAUGACGACGGCGACGGCGGGGAGGAUGAUGACUCCUCGGACGACUCAGGGGACCCCAUCCCUGGAUCGAGCGAAUUCAGUGACGACACAGUAGUCCUGCAACCGGGCGAUCCACCACGGGGCCCUCCGCCACCGCUGCCAGUUGACAGGAGCAGGUCACCGCGGCGACGUUCCCAGGCCCAGGACGACGAGGCUGAAACACCUGUGGACCCCGAAACCACAGGAGCCUGCCCUAUCAAGCUCCGUGAACUGCUGGACCCGCCCUGCUACGACAUGACACAGAACUAUGUCGGUUUUCCACACAAAGCAGAGGAUGUCAGUAAGCUUCUAGCUGCCUGGCCUGCCAGAGAUGACCCAGCCAACCUUGACAAGGUCACCUUCAAGACGGAGACUGUGGAGGCUAUGAAGACCCUCACCUCCCCCGCGGCGCUCUGGAAGAGCAUGCCGUCUGGUGUCUUGCCAGAUUUGCACAUCUAUACAGAUGGCUCCUGGUGCGAAACAAGGAAGCUUGGGGGCUACGCUGUGGUGGCGUUAUUGGUCACAGCCGGCGCCUCUGCCCUCUGUGAGACCAUUGGAGCACAAACGCAGGGGAACUCCACAACGGCAUGGACCUUUGAGGCGACGCCGGCCCUCAAAAACGAGCAGAUUGCCAUAGCUACGGCUUUGCUCUGGCUGCUCCAGGGGUGCAACUACGUCCACUUUGGACAGAUCGUUCUCUUCUUCGACUGUUACGCUGCUGGAUGGCCGGCCGAGGGCACCUGGAGCCCCGUCAACGGCUUCUCGGAGAAAAUCCGUGUGCUGGAACAACUGCUGAGUCGACUCUUACCAGUACCCAUCCAGUUCGCCCACACUAAAGCUCACGCAGGGAACCCUUUCAAUGAAAUGGCGGAUGUUCUCGCGAAUCAUGCUGCUCGGGCGACCAUCCACAUGCAGGAGCCACCACCCGCAGCGGUUGACAUACUGCAGCAUUGUGAUCUGAGUUGGCUCCCCCUCAUUUUCUCGGGGGAUACGCUGCCUAUCCGGGCAGGCCAAGGCUUUGCUUGGGCACAGGACCACAAAUGGGACCACUCGACGUUGAAGCCCGAGCAGCUGAUCCCUACCCAGGGCAAUGGAGCUACACAGGCGUGCGAGAAGCUAGAGACAAAGAUCCUCAGUUUGAACGCCCAGACACUCAGUGGGAAGAGCCGCUACUUCGAGGACCAACUUGACCACCUCGGCUACAACAUCGCCUGCUUCCAGGAAACCAGAGGAGCAGCUGGUCUUUGCGCCAGCAAGCGCUACCUCCGAUUGGCUACCUCCUCGGCCAAACAUUGGGGAACAGCGAUCUGGAUCAGCAAAACCAGGGGCAUCUGUAGUCGAGAUGGCCGGCCAUGCAUUGUACAAGCAGAGGAUAUUUUGCUCAUACAUGAAGCGCCUAGACUCCUCAUACUGUCAGUCAAGGUGGCGGACAGACAGGUGCUGCUCGUGUCGGGACAUUGCCCGCACUCGGCCCAACCUCGUGAGGCCAGCGACUUCUUGCAUCGGCUUCAGGCUCUGCUACAGCCGUAUCGUGAAACGGCGACAAUCUUCAUGGGCAUCGACCUCAAUGGGAGGAUCCCAACGUGUCAUGAGGGAAUCACUGGAAGCCUUCGGCAUGGUGACGCUGACGAAAAUGGCCGUGGCAUGCUCUCCGUGGCCAAGGCCAUCAACCUGUGGUUCCCGUCCACUUUCUGUGAGUUCCACCAGGGUACUACCACCACGUAUCGCCAGGCCAAUGGAGCGGACCACCGCAUCGACUACAUUGGUACUGGUGGAACUAUGGAGAUCCGGGAGAUAUGCAGCUGGGUGGAGGAGGACUUUGAUGUGGCCAACACUAAUGAGGACCACUCCCCGGUGGCCAUCGACAUCACGGCCACAUGGACGACGAAGGGCCAUGCCCGACGGCUGCACAGGCCCAAGUACGACACCGAAAAGAUGCUCACUGCGGAGGGCCGCAGGAAAAUCACCGAAGCCCUGCGACUAUACAGCCCGCCUGGAUGGCAGGUGCACCCUGACGAUCAUUGCCAGCAUCUUCAGGACUACCUUCACGCCGUGAUGGCCAAACACUUUGCUAUCACUGCGGGCGGCCCACGCGCCACCUACAUCAGUGACAGCAUCUGGGAACUACGGCAGCGGAAGUUAAGCCUCAAGUAUAAAGCCCGCCAUCGGCGCCAACUCUGGACGGCCUUGACAUCGAGAGCCUUUCUUCAGUGGAAAACUGACAAAGACUAUGGUGUGGCCAAGCUCUUAGCCAAGCAAGCCAUCCUCUAUGACAUUGUGGCCGGAGCCGUCCGAUGGGCAACCAAUCGGAUCAAGAAAGGCAUCUACUUGGCAAAAGCCCAAUUUCUCCAGGGCCUGGUCCACCAGGAGGGAGACAAGGCCUGCGACGUCCUCCGCCGAGCCAAAGCAGCAGGGGUUGGCGGCAGACAAGCGCGGCCUGUGGUGAGACCCCUCCCAGUGCUCAAGGACGCUGAUGGAAAGCUCGCCGAGUCCUGGGAGGACAGAGACAAAAUCUGGCUGGCUCACUUUGGGCAACAAGAGAUGGGCUACGUGGUGGCGACAGAGCAGUACCUGAAGGAAGGUGGUCAACAGGUACUUUGUGACGAAGAGAUCCCGUGGUGCCCCAAGGAUCUUCCUACCCUACAGGAACUGGAGGAGGCAUUGCGGCGAGCCUCCAGGCGAAAAGCUGUGGGCUUGGACGGACUGCCUGGGGAGAUACUGGCUGCUGCCCCUCCGAGCAUGGCGGCGGCUGUAUACCCUCUGGUUUUCAAAAGCAUGGCGGCACUUUGCCAGCCAGUACAGUGGAGAGGUGGAAUUCUUCAGGAAUCUUGGAAGAGAGCAGGGCCGACAGAUGACCCGCAGAACUACAGAUCACUGUUUAUCUCUUCACAGCUGGGAAAGUGCUACCAUCGGCUACUACGAAGGCGCGCGGCUCCACACGUUGGUGCUGCCCUUCACGAGUUUCAUCUCGGCGCCAAGCAGCGAGCCCCGGUCCUCUAUCCGGCGCUGUACGUGCACGGCUUCCUCCGGCGAGCGCAGCACCUUCAGCACUCGUCUGCCAUUUUGUUCAUCGACACAACCGCCGCAUAUUAUAGAGUCAUUCGCGAGCUCUCGGUUGGACAAGUUGCAGACGACGGUGCCGUGGCUCAGGUUUUCAAAUUCUUUGACCUGGCCCCUGAGGAUGUCCACGAGUUUGCCGCGCUCAUACGUGAGGGAGGCAUGAUGGGCGAUGCUGGGAUUCCUGUAUCGCUACGGCACAUGGCCAAAGACCUGCUGCACCGCUCCUGGUUCAUCACCAGGCAUGGUACGGACACCCAGCUGUGUCGCACACAUGCUGGAUCCAGACCGGGAGAAACAUGGGCCGACAUUGUCUUCUCCUUUGUCUUGAGCAAGAUCCUGACCCAGAUUAUGGAAAUUGCCACUGCGGAGGACCUCCUCACGGAACUGGAUGUGCGGCCAGAACAGGGCCCCUUUGGUGACACCUCCACGACUGCAUCGCUGCCUGUAAAGCUGCUUGCCAAGGACUGCACUUGGGCUGACGACACGGCUGUGCCAUUGUCUGAUGCUAGUCCUUCGGUGCUAGUUGCCAAGUCUCGGCGGCUAGCCUCAAUUGUGCUCGACUACUUCAUCAAACAUGGCAUGCAGCCAAACCUCAAGCCACGGAAAACGGCCUUUAUCAUGGCUGUGAGGGGCCGUGGGGCCAGAAAGGUACGGCAGGCAUGCUUCGGAGGAGGGUCGCGUGCACUUACCUUGAGCGACCUGGACCUCAAGGUCACCAUUGCGGGCCACUACAUACAUUUGGGUGGCCUGGUCAACCCGGACAUGCGGAUGCAACAAGAAGCCAGACGACGACUGAGCAUGGCAAAGGCGGCCUUUGACUCAGGCAAGGCCCUUCUCUUCGGGAACGAGACGAUCCCUUUGCAGACCCGAGCCUCGCUGUUCAGUACGUCGAUCACGGCGACCUUCUUCAACCUUGCCCUAUGGACAAGAGAGAAUACGGCAUGGGCUAUCCUGGAUGCGGGUUUCUCUCGGCUCCUUCGAGGUCUCCUGGCCAAGCGGUACAAAGGAGACAUGCUCUACAAGAAAGGCGAGAAUCAGCCUACUCUGCAGUAUGUCACAGAGGACCUUGCCUGGCUGACGUCCAGCGGAGGACAGUGGCCUACAUGUGGAGCUGGUGACUGGCACCGCUGGCAGCAGCUCAUGCGUGACUCUACGGCAUGGGUUAAGCGGCGUGUGCAGGCCCUGAUGGCAAAGGACACAGCCCGCAGCAGCAAGGCGUACCGCACGGCACUUUGCCACUGGGCGAUGCUGCGAAGGGCCAGAGCGAGAAGGCCCAUCGCGACCCAGGCUACUAGGGACUGGACUUGUCGGCCUUGCGGAAAGCGCCUUCGAACGAAGGCGGCACUCGGAGCACAUUUCUUCAAGGUACAUGGUCGCUGCGCAAAAUACCGCGCGGUGGUUGCUGGAACCUACUGCGGAGCCUGUGGCAAGGAGUUCUGGGCCCGCAACAAGCUAGCUAUCCACCUACGUGAUAACCAGCAGUGCGCCCGAGUACUACACCAGGGAGGAUACCGAGUUGCCUGCACAGCCCCCGGGCUGGGCAGCAGAGCAUGGCGCCAACAAGCGGAGGAGGACUUCACUCUGGCAGUAUCCCAACAGGUGCGAGACCCGUUACCAGCCGAGGAGCACCAGGUGUGGGACACUACCAUGGAGCGAGCCUACGCGGAGCUAUGCGACUCACUGCAGACAGAAGGCCUGUCCACGAUGGUGAUCGACAUUGUCACGCAGAUCCAGGCGGUCUUUAAGCAGUUCCCCCUCUACAUGUACGAGAUGGCGGAGAUUGCGGCACAGACAGCCACAGAAGCCCGAGAGCUACGGAGCGUUGGAGUGGCGGACUACUGGAACGACGAUGUCUUUCAGUCGCUCUGUACAGCCCUGGAACACUUCGAAACCCAUCCAUGGAAGGACAGCCCCCUGAGCGACGGCGAGCCAGAAGUGACUACGCUCAGGACCUUCCUACACGAGGUUGAGAAGGUGGACUGGACAGCUCUAUGCCCGUAUUUGAAAGACGUGACCCCUGAUGCUAGCCUUAGCCUGUCGGACGACUGGGAAGUUGCUUUGUUGUCGGAUAGUAGGCUAGCGGAAGCAGCAACCGUCGACUCUUCAUACUGGCUUUUACUCCCAGAACAGCUGCGGAAAGCCUGGGAUGCCGCCCUUGAGGGGCGAGCCGUACAGCUCAGCGCUCCGUCCUCUUUCUGGGACCACCCGCUCUCUCUACCCUUCGGGAUGUUGAAGAGAGCUGUUGCAACUUAA